UCCAUAUUACAAACUUAUUUCACUUAUUCCCUCUCUCUCUCUCUCUCUAGGCCUCUUCAAGCCUUUCAUCUCUCUGCUUUCAUAACCAAUAAGUAAUCAUGUUUUUAGUCGCACACUUGGUCAUUAAGAGUUUUGACGGUGUGGUGGAUACGUCUCGAGCGGCGUAUAUUGAAAAUGGUGGUGAUGACGAUGACGGUGGCUACGAUUAUGCUCCUGCUGCGUAAUUUGUUUCCUAUUAGUAUAAAAUGUAAAUUAGGAGGGGAAAAGAGAUGAUAUGGUAUUUAUAUACCUAGCUAGGCCAUGUAGGUACUAGAUAGUGUGGGUGACUCUUCUUAAUUAGAUAAAACAGGGCUUCCCAUUAAUGUAGAAAAGUAUCUCUUUGUUAAUCAGAAUCACUUUUUAUCUCUUAAUUAACUGUCAAGGUUAAUCUAGUUUCUUUUUCCUAUAUGUAAUUUAACGGACUUCUAUCUAAAUAAACUCUUAGUGUUAUAAAAUUUUGCUUA